AUGAAAGACAUGACUUGGAUGGUUGCAUCCCCUAAUGGUUCUUCGAAUUCGAAACCACUUUCUUGGGUUGUUGUUUCAAUUGGAGUAGUAGUGGUAAUCAUAACUUUUGCUUCAUGGUUUUUUCUGUCAUACCCUAUUAGUUCAUCUGUUCAUGGUCAUUUCUAUGGUGUAGAGAGUUCACAAAUUCAAAUGAAUGCAAGUUUAGGUUUAGGAGGGAAUAAAACACUCUUUGAUUUGCAACCUUCAAUAGUUUCGAAUGUUGUGUCGAGUGAUAAUAGCAAGAUAGAACGAAUUGGUAAUAAUUCGAAUUCACAAGUACUCUUUAGGGAAUCUACUUCGCCGAAAAUUGUUCCUGUAACUAAGGAGGUGAAUGGCUUAGAAACUUCGGGUUUGGCCUCAAAAGCACGUAUUCCAGUGGUUGGUAGCAAUUCCUCAAUUGUAAAAGGUUGUGAUUUAUACCAUGGAAAUUGGAUCUAUGAUCCAUCGGGACCGUUAUACACAAACAAGUCGUGUCCUGUACUGACACAGACGCAGAAUUGCCAGGGUAAUGGUAGGCCUGAUAAGGAUUAUGAGAACUGGCGAUGGAAGCCUUUUGAGUGUGACAUCCCACGAUUUGAUCCGAGGAAGUUUUUGGAGCUAAUGAGAGGCAAGACAUUGGCUUUCAUUGGAGAUUCAGUUGCUCGAAACCAGAUGGAGUCAAUGAUGUGCAUUCUUUGGCAGGUGGAGGAGCCAAAGAAUCAGGGUACUCGCAACAUGAGGCGAUACUAUUUUGAGUCUACAUCUGUGACGAUUAUUCGGAUAUGGUCGUCAUGGCUUGUCAAACACAAUUCAGAACCAUUUGACUUUGCUCCAGCGGGUGUGGAGAAACUCUAUCUUGAAUCCCCUGAUGAGAUGUUGAUGGAAUUUCUCCCAACAUUUGACGUAGUUGUUCUUUCUUCUGGCCAUUGGUUUACUAAGCAAUCUGUAUACAUUUUGAACAACGAGAUAGUAGGAGGACAAUUAUGGUGGCCGGACAAGUCUCAGCACAUGAAGAUCAACAGUGUUGAAGCAUUUGGUAUAUCCGUUGAAACAAUUUUAACCACUCUUGUUACACAUCCUAAUUAUACCGGGCUUACAAUUUUACGCUCCUAUUCGCCCGAUCAUUAUGAGGGUGGAGGAUGGAACACCGGUGGAUCAUGCACCGGGAAAGUUAAGCCUCUUGUGCCUGGUGAAUUGGUGGAAAAUAAGUAUAAUGCUGCGAUGUACAAGCAACAGGUUACAGGUUUUAACCGUGUGGUAAAAAAGGCGACAAAUGGAUCGAGGAUGAUAUUGAUGGAUAUUACUGAAGCCUUUCAAUAUCGGCACGAUGGUCAUCCUGGUCCGUAUAGGAGCACGGAUCCUAAUAAGAUUACAACACGAGGCAGAGAUGGAAGGCCGCCACCACAAGAUUGCUUGCAUUGGUGCAUGCCAGGACCUGUAGAUACUUGGAACGAAAUUGUGUUUGAAAUCAUUAAGAAAGAAUAUGAAAGUGAUAGCGCAUCAUGA